AUUUCUCAUCCCCUUCCCCCCGACUCUCCGAUUCAGCCGCGUUUCAGUCUUUUCGAUCCGAUUCCUACGCCGAGAAAGAUCAAUGGCUCCUUCCACCGUCAGUCGAUGGCUGAGGCCAGAGGUUUACCCACUAUUCGCGGCCGUAGGAGUGGCCGUCGGAAUCUGCGGAUUCCAGUUAGUCCGCAACAUCUGCAUCAAUCCUGAAGUCAGAGUGAGCAAGGAGAAUAGGUCUGCUGGAGUCCUGGAUAACUUUGCAGAGGGAGAGAAGUAUGCGGAGCAUUUCCUGAGGAAAUUCGUCCGCAACAAGUCCCCAGAAAUUAUGCCAUCCAUCAACAACUUCUUCACCGACCCAAGUCGAAACUAAGAUGCCAUAUCAAAGAAUUACACAUUAAUUGGGAUAUAGACUUGAAAUUGGAUCGUUGGUGGGUUUUGAUGGCUGUAAACUAUGCUGGCUGCUGUUUCGUUUGCUUUUAUUGUUGAUUUGAGGAAGUUUUAAGAACAGUGGAUCUACAAAAUAAACUGUACUGAACCCAAAUUUGAUUUCAGUUACCUUGUGAAAUUUUAAUGCUGAUCUUUGCACGUCUGGUGGUAUGUUGAUAUGAAUAUGUGAAUUGAUUAGUUUUA